AGAAAAUUAUUGACUAAUUUAAGCUCCGUCGCAAAAAUUGUUAGGCUGUUGUGACACCUCUCCUUCUGCGUCGUCACUUCCAAAGCUCUACCUCCCCUCCAUAAGAAACUCCGCCAUCGCAAAUUCUCCGAUCACAAUCGCAAUUUCUCUAUCACGAUACAUUAUGAAGCUCAACCCUCAUUCCGGCUCUGCUUCUCAAACCCUGACGGCCACUGCGUCGUCUAACGACGCCCGCUUGCUCGUUCGCGAGACUCUCCGGAUUAGCGCCAACCUUGCCUCCGCCCCUCCUUUACCCGACUCCGCGGACGCGCCGAAUGAUUCGUUCUCCAGAUUGCUCUGCUGCGAGGAGAUGGACGGGAACGUGUGGAAGUACUUUCCGGAUGGCAGGGUGGAUUGUGGCGCGAUGAAGUCUAGGACGAGCUCGAUUCGCGGUGUUGGCUUGCAGAGUCCCCAAGCUCCAUUUGAUGACUUGAUGGCAUUUAUAAGAUCUUAUGUGCUCCCCGAUGGUUUCCCAGACAGUGUUACACCUUCUUAUGUGCCAUAUAUGAAAUGGAGGGCUCUAAAGUACUUUUGUGGAGGAGCAAUGAGUGUGUUUACAACACAAACACUCCUAGGUUCAGUUGGAGUAUCCAAAAGCAGAGCUGUAGCUAUCAACUGGAUACUCAAGGAUGGUGCAGGCCGGGUUGGAAAGAUGAUUUUCGCUCGCCAAGGAAAGAAAUUUGAUUAUGAUUUAAAACAGCUUAGGUUCGCGGGAGAUCUCCUCAUGCAGUUGGGAGCUGCUGUAGAAUUGGCAACUUCUGCUUUUCCACAACUUUUCCUUCCUUUAGCGUGUGCAGCCAACGUGGCCAAGAAUGUUUCUGCGGUCACAUCAACAUCAACCCGUACUCCUAUAUAUAAGGCCUUUGCUAAAGGAGAAAACAUUGGGGAUGUAACUGCUAAAGGGGAGUGUGUGGCCAAUCUUGCCGAUCUGCUUGGCACUGGGAUGAGCAUCAUGAUAUCCAAAAGAAACCCAUCCUUAUUGACUACAUUUUCCCUUCUUUCAUGUGGAUAUCUUUUCAGUUCUUACAAUGAGGUAAAAUCUCUUGUGCUAUGUACUUUAAAUAGGGCAAGAUUUACUGUUGCAGUCGAGUCUUACUUGAAGACAGGUAGAGUUCCUACACUACAAGAGGGAAAUUCAAUGGAAACUAUAUGCAGCUUUCCAUGGAAAACACAGAGACCUAUUGUUCUUGGGUCAAGAUUCAGAGAGGCAUUUCAAGAUCCUGACUCAUAUAUUUCAUUGAAGCCUAUAUUUGAAAGAGAACAAUAUAUUGUGACGUACAAUCCUUGCAAAGGGAACAUAUAUGCAUUGCUCAAGGAUCAAGCAAAAUCUGAUGAUGUACUCAAAGCCGCAUUUCACGCACAUGUCCUUCUGCAAUUCAUCCAGUCAUCCGAUUGUCAGUCUUCCAGGAAUCGAUCACAAGAGUAUCGCUCGUUUUCUUCGAUGCCCAGUGCUAAUCUUAAUGCUCAGGUUGCAGAAUCUUAUAAAAUGGUCUCAGCUCUGUAUGCAUCUUUCAAGAAUAAAGCUAAAGAUCAGGGGUGGGUAAUGUCAGAAUCACUGCUCAAUCCUGGUCGAGCUCGCUUAUGCAAUAUUGUCGAAUAAGAUGUCGUUAACCCACUAAAUAUUGACAAAAAGCUUAUGUGAACUUCUCUCAUAGUAACCAGGUAUAGGCAUGAGCAUUCAUUUGGACAUCAACGGAAGAAGAUUUUACCUGUAUGUACUCUGUAGCGUUUCAGAUUUUUUUCUAUGCAAGCCGGAAAUAUGGCCUCCCGCCAUUACCAGAGGCAGAGAUGAUAACGUGUGGAAUAGUUUCCUUGUAAAUUUUGGUUUUCAGGUGUAAUUGUACCUUAUUUGCUCUUCGACCUAUUUACUCAAAGUUAUACAAGAACAAUGUGUAAAACAGAUCAGCGAAAUCCAUGUAGCAUAAUUUUUACAUGCAUGUUUCACUAUCCCGACAUGAGAACUUUAUUUUUGGCCUUGCUUAGAGACA